AUGGCUACCAAUCCUCCUGCCCCCCUCCCCCCUCCCACCGACGCCUCGUCCGUCGAUAAACUCCAACUCGCUGCGGAUCGCUCGGCCGUCAACUGGCACUCCUUCGUUGGCAGCGUUCUCCGCGUCCUCCAGGAUGCCUUGGUCGGACUAUACUGCGUCCUCGACGUCCUGCUUCGCCACCCGCAUGCCCUCCAACCAACGCCCCCCACUCAUCCUGGUGAACCUCCUCCUCUCCCUCCCCCUCCUGGCCCUCCUCCUCCCGAGCCUGACCUGCCACGUGCCGCUACUCCCGAGCUCCAAGCUGCAGCUGAUGCCACGUUUCUCCACAACCGCCGCGAAUACCUCAUCCGCAAGGCCGCCCACGAUGCUGCAGUGCACGACUACGAGUUCGCAACGGCGGGCCGAGCCAAUCGCCUAGCCAUGAUUGACGAAUACAACACGGCCAUGGCAACCCACAUCCCCAACAGCAUCACCUGGGCCGCUGCUGACAACCGCGCCUGCACCAUCCUCCUCGGUGCACUUCCCAACGCCCUCAUGCGCCGCUUCCAAGCUCGCGAAAUGCGCGCCCACCUGAUUUCGUCCGAGCUCCAGUCCAUGUUCGAACGUCGCGACAUCAGCUCCGUCGGCCGUGGUGGCCGUGGUGGCCGUGGUGGCGGUGGUAGUAGUGGUGCUGGUGGCACCCCUGCUGGAGGACCUUCCGUGUCCCCGACACUUCAGGAGCCGGGGCAGCAGCAACAGCAGCAGCCACUGGGGCAGCAGCAGCAGCAGCAGCAGCAGCAGCCAGGACAGCAGCAGCAGCAGCAGAAGCAGCCGGGACAGCAGCAGCAGCAGCAGCAACAGCAGCAACCGGGGCAGCAGCAGCAGCAGCAGGGGCAGCAGCAGCAGUAG